UUUGUGAAAUAAACACGAAACGGAAAAAAAAAUGAAAACAAAUUCAAAACUAUCAUUAAAAACUCCAAAUCUAUAUAAAAAAAAUGGCUAGUAGCACCUAACAUUCCUCCCCCUCUGUUGCCUUUCUUUUUCUCUUACUAUGUUGUCCCUUACGUGUACGAUCUGGUUCAACAACUAAACAUCAGUUGGACGUAGGAGGAACCUGCUGCACAUACGGUCGCUUUAGGAUGCCGUUGGAAGAAUUCACCGGAAGAUCGCCAUAGGCCUGCGGAUCUGGAGUUCGUCAGUGCUUCUUUAACCUCCUGAAGAACGGGGUAAAAGAUGUCACGCUAAGAAAGCAGAAUUAAUAACCAAUGGUCUCAUUUAUAGUUACCAAACCUAAGCGGUAAUAAUACGAACAAUCUUAAAAAAAGUACUUUUCCAAGCCUCAAAUUUUACCUCAUAAAAGCCGUUAGUAAUAAAAGUACGCAUUCAUCUGUAUAACUUUGCACAUGUUUUCUUCCUUUACAGGAUGUGCCAUUAGCUUUUGCUGUCUGAGGGCAUGCGACAAGAUUCAUCUGGCCAUGAAGAUUCAGAUGUCUCUUAUUUUCAUGGUGAGCUUCGUCGUCUGCCUUGUAGCCAUGCCAGGACACGUCAUCACAGACUACUGGACAAUCAUUUGUUGGCAAAGAAAUGAAAGGACCGUAUUAGCUUUUGUGAUAUUCUACUCUGUAUCGGUCAACAUUGUGCGAAAUUACUAUACUCUGCUCGCGAUCUACAGGUUCUUGGCUGUGUGUUUUCCCAUCUGGUAUCAGCAGUUGUCCCGAUGGACAGUAGUUACAGGAGUCGUCGUUUUCGUCACUGUGUGCGUAGUGCUUUCGUGGUCAACUUUAUUCAUAAUACAGGUAAUAAACUAGCCAUCAUAC